CACAGUAAACUGCUGCAAAAUGACUUCCGACACACUCAAUCCAGCGCGUGAAGAUAGGUCAGUUGACUUGUAUACUCGUGCUCGACAGUCAAUCAAACUUGCUAUCAACCACGCUUGGAACAUACGCAAGUCAGACCAUCAUUGGCACGGCGAGCUCAAAGCAAACACUGCUAUCACUUCGCAACAAAUCUUUUUCCUCCAGUCGCUCGGCAUUCCAAUUGAAGAUGCAGGCGCAUAUCGUAAAUAUUUGUUGUCCCAACAGCAAAGUGAUGGCUCAUGGACCAUUGCACCGGACUAUCCUGGCGACGUCAAUAUGAGCGCGGAGUCAUACCUGGCCCUCAAAAUCCUGGGGGUCUCUCCGGAUGACCCAGCCAUGAUACUAGGGAAGAGCUUCAUCAGGAGAUGCGGAGGGAUCGCCAAAGUCAGAAUCUUCACCCGCAUCUACUUCGCGCAAUUUGGACUGUUCCCCUGGGGUGCAGUACCACAGCUUCCGGCCGAAUUUAUAUUUCUACCUUCGAUUUUGCCGAUAAAUAUCUAUCGGCUGUCAUCAUGGGCGAGAUCGACGUUGGUACCACUGUUCAUAAUCCGCCACCACGAAAAAAUAUACGCAUUGCCCAACGGAUUGAGUGCGAACAACACAUACCUCGAUGAGCUUUGGCUAGACCCAUCGAAUAAAUACGUUCCAUACGCCCCUUCUCUUUUGACACCGUGGAGUUCCGAUCCGAUCUCAUUAUUUUUCAGCGCGGUAGACACCUGGCUAUCCGUCCUCGGAAAAUUCCAGCCACUCUGGAUGUUUCGCGGUCUCGCGAGGAAGAAAUGUAUCCGGUGGAUUGUAGAACAUCAAGAAAAAGAAGGCGACUGGGCCGGCAUAAUACCACCGAUGCACGGAGGGGUGCAAGCAUUAGUCCUUGAAGGUUUUAGUGUAAAAGAUAAACCAGUAAAGAAUGCUAUCGAUGCCAUAGAGCGAUUUACAUGGCACGAUGAACAAGGCAAACGGCUCCAAUCUUGUCUUUCUCCGGUCUGGGACACAGUACUGAUGGUCAGAGGUCUCUGCGAUGCUGGCAUUGAUCAGGAUGACCAGCGCAUCCGCGAUUCCAUCAAGUGGAUCAAAUCGAAACAAAUCCUGGGCCAAGAUGGAGACUGGCGCAUCUUUAGUGGAUCAAUAGAGCCUGGCGGAUUUAGUUUCGAGUACAACAACACUUGGUACCCAGACGUGGAUGAUACUGCAGCCGCCAUUCUCGCUGUGAUUUCGCAAGAUCCAGUCGGGGUUGGCUCUUCUACUGUCGCUAAAGCGGCGAUGUGGAUUUGCGGGAUGCAGAACCGUGAUGGUGGCUGGGCUGCAUUCGACAUCAACAACGAUAAAUUGUGGUUGAACAAGAUACCAUUCUCUGACAUGAAUGCGCUAUGCGACCCAUCUUCUGCGGACGUAACUGGUCGGAUCCUCGAGGCAUUCGGGCUCAUGAUCCAACUUUCGGAGAGUGAAUAUCUUGAGCCCAAGAUCCUCGAGACCAUCUCACUCGCGUGCAACCGAGGUAUCAGAUAUCUAUCCCAGGAGCAAACUCCAUCGGGCUCUUGGUACGGUAGGUGGGGCUCAAACUACAUCUAUGGUACGAGCAACGUCAUAUGCGGCCUCACGUACUUUAGCACAGAAGAUGAUCAGAUCCAAGAAAUGUUGUCCUCUGCCACACAUUGGCUUCAAGAGAUGCAAAAUCCGGAUGGUGGCUGGGGGGAGGACCUUCAGUCGUAUCAAGACCCUUCACGUGCUGGAAAGGGCCCGUCGACAGCUUCCCAAACCGCAUGGGCUCUCAUGGCGCUGCUCGCCACAGCGAGUCCGUAUCAUCGAGCCAUAACAGACGGCGUCGCCUAUCUUGUUAACACGCAAACUGACAUUCAAGGCACCAGCGCUGUGUGGCCCGAGUCGAGAUAUACUGGAACAGGCUUUCCCAAUCAUUUCUACAUCGGAUAUAGCCUGUAUCGCCAUUAUUUUCCGCUAAUGGCUCUGGGAAGGUAUAUCAAAGCGAUUGAGAUGGAGCUCCCGGGCCCGAUGAUCGAUAUUCGCACAUCGGAACAGGAAAAGGGGGACGAUUCACCUGAUUCGGCUUAUGAUAGUAAUUUUUAG